AUGGCUUUUACACCGUAUCAAUUGUUUCUUGCGGGUCUUAUGUUAAUAACUGGAACAAUAAAUACUUUAUCAACAAAAUGGGCUGAUAGACAAGACGCACAUUUUUGUAAUCGAACAGCUGAACCAAAAAAAUUUGAGCAUCCAUUCCUUCAAGCUCUGGGCAUGUUUAUAGGUGAAUUUCUAUGUUUAUUGGUAUUUAAAUUUAUUUGGUACUCAACAGCUCAUUAUCGUAUUGCUCAAAUGACAUAUAAAGGCGAUUCAUCAUCUACGGUUGUUCAAUAUUGGCCAAUACAAAUUAAGAAAGAUAUACAUUUACUUGAAGGUGAACAAGUAUUUAAUCCAUUUAUAUUUUGGGUAGCAUCUAUAUUUGAUAUGCUUUCAACAUGUUUAUCUUAUUUUGCAUUAAAUUUAACGACUGCUAGUUCAUUUCAAAUGUUAAGAGGUUCAGUAAUGGUUUUUACAGCUAUAUUCAGUAUACUAUUUCUUAAAAGACGAUUAACUCUUAUUCAUUGGAUUGGUAUUAUAACUGUUGUAGCUGGUUUAGUUGUUGUUGGUGUAUCAGAUCUUUUGUUUAAUAAAGAAUCAGAAGGUAAUCAUACAGGUGCUCAAAAAUUUCUAGGAAUUAUUCUCAUACUUCUGGCAAUGGUAUUUACCAGUUUACAAGUCGUAUAUGAAGAACGUUUUAUUGGUAAAUAUAAUAUUCCACCAUUACAAGCUGUUGGUUGGGAAGGAAUAUUUGGUUUUUGUACACUUGGUGUUCUUAUUAUUCCGUUUCAUUUUAUUCAUAUGAGUUCAUCAAAUACUGGUCCUGAUUAUCGUCUUGAAGAUAUACCAUCAGCAUUUUGUCAAAUGGGUGAUAAUUAUAGAAUUAUUAUUGCCACAGUUGGAAAUAUUCUUUCAAUUGCAUUUUUUAAUUUUGCUGGUAUAUCUGUAACAAAAGAGUUAUCAUCAACAACUCGUAUGGUACUUGAUAGUGGUCGAACAUUACUUAUAUGGGCUAUUUCAUUAGCAUUGUCAUGGCAAAAAUUUUAUCCAUUACAAAUUGGAGGUUUUAUUCUUUUAGUUAUUGGUAUGGGUAUUUAUAAUGGUGUAUGGUUACAUUUAUAUCGUCAAUUUGAAGCUUGUAGAAGAGGAUCAGGAGGCGAGCGUGCACCCUUAUUACCUAGUUAUGAUGAGGCCAAUGGAUUUACACCAGGCACAUCAGAUGUUCCAUCGGGUGCAGGAGUUUAUGUUGCACCAGGCAAAGAUGCAAUUAAUGGAUAA